CCCCCAGCUUGCGCUCAUGUGAAUCUAUGUACUCCCAAGAUCUAUUUUGUAUGUGAGGAUACUUCGUGUCUCAAGAUGGGUACAACCGAGGCCAUACUAUGCACUCUAUGUAUAGCUGUCCUUUCAUUAGAUCGGGGACAGUGUGCAAGGAAUAGUUCUGAAGAAUCAGGUAUGAGGAUGCAGCGCCCACGUUUUAUUGCUGUGAAAAGAGGUCGGACUAUCACAAUAGAAUGUGGAUGUAGGUGUGAACCCCUUGAAAACUCUAUAGUCUCCUGGUAUCGUGGACAUCAAAAUGGCUCCCUGAUCAGUUAUAUAGAACCAGACCCUCACAUCAAAUUAUUCAACAACAGCCUGACCGUUCAGAAUGUGCAAAGAAAAGACAACGGCAUCUACUUCUGCAGAUAUAAUACAAGUCGAGAGAUAAAGCGGUCGCUUUGUGGGACAGAGCUGAUGAUAGUGGGUUGUGGAAAUAUAGAUACUGCAAGGGCAAGAAAUUCAAUGAAAGAUGCAAUCAUAGUGAUUCAGACAAUCCUGAUAGUGCUCUUUGUAGUGGUGCCGAUAACACUUCUAAAAGAGAUGAAUAAAAAACGCAGCUUGAAGAUGGAGGACCAUUUAUAUGAGGGGCUGGAAGCAUAUCAGACUGCGACCUAUGAGGACAUACAAAAUGUACGAUUCCUUGCAGCCAAGACCAUGGAAGGAGAGCACCCCUGCCUUGAGUAGAAGAGACAUGAUGGAUAUUCUGACCCUUCAUGGCUAAAUGUUGGGUUGAAAGUCAGCAAGAAAAAAACACAAUGCAUUGGUUGGAACCCAAAUCCUGACUGAACAGUGACACAAACUGACAGUAGGGACAGACUACUAUGUUAGUGAUCCAUCUGAUUGUUCCAAGAGAAGACCAGUGGGAUGUUGUCCUCUUCUACCCCUCACCCAUUGGAUUUGGCGUAUAUCAAGCUUCAGCACUGUAUAAUCUGCUAUACUUAACACCUUUGAAACUCUUGUAUGUAUUAUAUAUACUGUAGCUAAUCAUUAUGCAUCUUUCAGAUGUUGCUUGUAUUAAGAUUAAAACCGCCUAAAGGGGAAAUCCAUCUUAAAGGGGUUGUCCACUUUGAAAAUCUCACUGUUAAAAGGUUCUGUUGAAAACAAGUUGAUUAAAAUUGUUCCAAAACUGGAACCCCAGCUCUCAACUGCAAAGGAACCUGCCAGCAAGGGUAACCACAGGGUAAAUGAAGCAUGAAAGCAUCAAUGGUCUGUAUAUAGCUGUGUUAGGUCCUCUACAGAUGCUCUUGACUCCAACUAAUUGAUGGAGGUCUCUAAUGCCCCCCAUCCCCCCCCACUUUAACUCAUAAUGUUCUAUCAAGCAAACAAUGGAGGUCAUUUAUCAAAAGUGGCAACCAAUCAGAUUAAUCAUUUAAUUUUCCUAAGGAGCGCUGAAAAAAUGAAAAGUGGAAUCUGAUUGGUUGCUUUGGGCAACUAAGCCAGUUUUCCUCUGUACCACUUUUUAUAACUCUUCCCCCAUAAUCUAUAUAUCUGCAGGUGUCAAUGCCAAAAUGAGCACACCACAAUGCUCAGUAAAGAAUCCUAGGUGCCUUCAUCUGGGAUAUAUUCACUUUAGCCCCUGUGUCAGAUAUGUCCAGAGAAGGAAGUAUAAAAGUAGUUCAUAGGAUGGUGGAUUCCUUCUGGAACACUGUAUCCUUUCAAUUUAAGAGUUGGAGGACGAUGAGGUCAAUGGUGAAACAUUCUGACAUCUGAGAAUUUGUUUGCAAAGUGGAUUCCCCCUUUAAAAAGUGUUUUUGCACACAAUUUAUGGUUACGUUUUAUUAGAUACGCCUAAUAGACAAACUAUAAUUGUGAAUGGGGUCUCUCCUAAUGAACACAUCAUAGAUAUAUUAUAUUAUAGUAAGGCCUCAUGCACACGACCGUUGUUUUGAUCCGCAUCCGAGCCACAGUUUUUGUGGCUCGAAUGCAGACCCAUUCACUUCAAUGGCCCGCAUCCACUCCGUGUUCUG